AUGAGAGCUUCUUACACUACAAGUCUCCCCGAGGAGGAUGUUGAUGCACCUGCUAAGCCAUCACUCGAUGCCAUUGAAGACAUCAUCGACGGCGAAUCCAUCACGCUUGACAAAGAAACCAACAAGCGUAUCGUCCGGAAGAUCGACCGGAAACUGAUGCCUGUUCUGUGCAUCACAUAUACUAUGCAAUACUAUGACAAAGCCGUCAUCUCGCAAGCCGCUAUCUUCGGUCUACGGUCGGACCUCGACUUAGAAACCGGUCUUCGCUACUCUUGGGUCAUGCUCAUCUUCUUCUUCGGCCACAUAGUGGGCAUGUACCCUUGCUCCCUCCUCGCCCAGCGGUACCGCCCUAAGCGUGUCUGCAGCGCUCUCAGCAUCUUGUGGGCAAUCAUCGUUCUCACGACGCCUGCGUGCAAAUCGUACUCUGGCAUUCUGGCAAACCGUUUCUUCCUAGGAGUCGUCGAGAGUGGUGUGAGCCCCAUCUUCAUGUUAGUCGUCGGGCUUUGGUACACGCACGAAGAGCACAGCUUGCGGAGUUCGUUGUGGUAUUCAUUCAGCGGAGGGAGUUUACUGAUCAGCCCGCUCAUCAACUAUGGCCUCGCCCACAUUGAGGGAGGUCGUCUGAAGUCCUGGCAGUGGAUUUUCAUCGUCGCUGGUCUCAUAACUCUCGCUUGGGGAGUCGCUCUCAUCUGGGUCUUCCCGGAUACGCCCCAGGAAGCGAAAGGGUGGUCUCCAGAGGACAAGAGAGUACUAUUAGAGCGUAUCAGGCGCGACAAUUCUGGCACGGAGAACAGGCAGUUCAAGCCAUCCCAGGUGUGGGAAGCGCUCACCGACUAUCAGUUCUGGGGCCUCGCGUUGAUAGGGCUGCUGUCAAACACGGGAGCUGCAACACUGACAACUUUUUCAUCAAUUGUGUUCGCCGGCAUGGGGUUCGACUUGCGUUGCUGCCUCUUGUGGAGACUUCCAUCAAGUAAACGAGCGGGCCGCAUCGUGGGCCUUUAUCUUAUCUCCUUCUUCUCGUCCUGCUGGCUGCAAGCUAUCUCGCUGGGCACCUCCAAUGUCGCCGGAUAUUCCAAAAAAGGAGCGUAUGCGGCCGGCAUUUGGAUCGGAUACUGCAUUGGCAACAUCAUCGGGCCGCUGCUUUUCCACGCACGAUACGCUCCGCGGUACGAUGAGAGUUUCACCGGCCUCCUCGUUUGCUUCUCUCUUCUCUUCGUUAUAUCACUAUGCCUAAGAUUCCUCCUUUCGAGGCGAAAUAAGAACCGCGAUGAAAAGUAUGGAAUGCCGGAAUUCCGGCACGGCUUGGAGGAUAUCACGGAUAAGCAGAAUAAGUCGUUCCGAUGGAUGGUAUAG